GGCUAAAAUAUAAGGACUCCGGGGCAGAGCAGGUCAACACAUUGCUUCCAACACCAUUCGGACUUAGAGUGUGGCGACAGGCCAACCCAUCUGCUAAUGCCCACCAUACCAUUGAAGUCCAUAACACAUCCUAUAAUCAUAUAAUUCAAUAGAUCGACUUCAUAUCUAAUCUGAUCACAAUGGAUCCGCUGUCUCCUGUACAGGAUGACAUCAGGCGUGUCACGCGGAAGGAACUAUACACGGAUUUUGGCAAACGGAUGGAAUUUUUGCGGGCAUUCCUCGACUUCACAGACGAUGAUCUCAUCGUCUUCAACAAAGGCACCAAAUUCCUCAAGGCUGCCCUUCCCGACCUCACCCAUCGCCUGUAUGCGAAAAUGCUUGACUUUGACAUCACAGCCCGCGCAUUGCGUACACGAAGCACCGAAUCAGAGGCCCACGUCGAGGAUUUGUUCACCCUCGACGGCCCGCAUGUGCAGCGGAGGAAGAUCUUUUGGAAAUGGUAUUUGACUCGGUUGUUUUCCGACCCCAGCCAGAUUGAGUAUUGGGAGUAUCUGGAUAAAGUAGGGAAGAUGCACACAGGCAAAAUCCUGAUGCAUCCAUUAAAGAUCGAGUACAUGCACAUGAACACCUGCCUGGGGUAUGUCAAAGAGCUUGCGUACGAAACGAUAUCCGUGCAUCCUGAAAUGUCGGUCCCAUUCAAGUUCGCUCUGAUACGGUCGCUAAACAAAAUCUUGACCAUCCAAAACGACCUGAUUUCGAGGUGCUAUAUUCGCGAGGGCCAGGAGUUUGCGCAGGAUACCUCGAACAAGGAUGCGACGCCCCCCACAGAGUCUGGAGCAAAUACCGACAGCGCGUCCAUGUCAGACACCCGAUCCAAUGCGGAUACCCGCUCCAGUGCCGACACUCGGUCCAUCCCCGACUCCGGAUCUUAUGUGGACACCCCAUCCAACGACACCCCCUCCCUCCCAGACACUCGGUCAAUACCCGAGACACGAUCCAAUGCCGACAGUGGAUCAUUUGCAGAGAACGGAUCGAUUGCGGACACCCGAUCUAACGCCGACACUAGUUCACUCACAGACACUGUAGCCCACAGCGAUACGUCAUCAUUCAUGCAGGACCGGCAGCUCCAUCCUCGCUGCUUGGUGCCUGGUUUAAGCCAAUCCCGACCCACGUCAUCCAAAGGGUCUGCCCCGAGUCUACGCGACCGGAGUGCAAGUUUUGAUAUGGCUCGCGUGCGAACUGCGACCGAAUCAGCCGGGUCGGAUCCGCCCUCCACGGCGGGCAGCAACCGGGUUAGCCCCAGCUAUGCCGGUACAUUAAACGGGUUCACAUCACCGUUUGUAGCGGAGCCGGGACAAGCGUUCGAGACGAAAAUUUGGUCGGCCAAGUCCAAACAAAAAUGGUACAAACCUUCUGAGUAGUGGUAGAUAAUAAUUGAUUCCCCAUUUUGCAUACUGUGAGUAUAGUGCCAUGUUAGAUGCCCAUUACGAAUGCCGUGUCUUGCCCAAAGACGGGCAUUCCAUGGUCAGCAUGAAGCCGUGGCGACCUGAGAUGAAGUCAUUUCACUUCUAGUCUCCGCUAUCUC